AUGUUCUCUGGCGGGCUUGCGGGCGUGUGUGGGCUGCCCAGUGCCUGGCUGACUGACUGGCUGGGCUGGUUGGGGCUGACUGGCUGGGGCCUCCUAGGGGGUCACUGUCCUACUGGACUCCUCUUCCACCAAGCCAAAGUCUUAACCUGUGUUGAUGAUGAUGAUGAUGAUGAUGAUGAUGAUGAUGAUGAUGAUGAUGAUGAUGAUGAUGAUGAUGAUGAUGAUGAUGAUGAUGAUGAUGGUGAUGAUGGUGAUGAUAAUGAGGGUGAUGAUGAACUGGAACCCUGGGCUGACCUGGCUGACCUGACUGACCCAAGUCACAGUGUGCCACUCUCACUGCCAGGUGCCCACUACUACCUAGCUAAUUACAUGACCUGA